ACAUAUUUUUAGAAAUUUUAUUAUAAAUAUAUUAUAAAAUUAUAUUCAAAAUGUCGGAAAUAAUGAAUAAUAGUGAUAUUCAUGAUGAUAUGAAUUUUUAUAUUUCACAAGAUAAAUUUUACAUAGAACCUAAUGGUAAACAUGAAGUACUAAUUAUUGAUAGAGUAACGUUUGAGAUUCAGUUACAAGUUAAAUCAAACCAAAUUCCACGUAAUGCUCCUAGAAGGGCUGUAUGCGGUUUACUUGGUAUUAUAAAUUUAAUUGCUGGGCCUUAUUUAGUUGUGGCUACACAUAGAAUUUGGGUAGGAAGAAUAAAUGGUCAAGAUAUUUGGCAGUUGGCUGGCAGUGACAUAAUUCCAUAUGCACAAUCAAUGAAUCAUCUUAGUAUGGAACAGGUUCAUCUCAAUGGUAUUUAUGAAAAUAUGAUUCGUUAUGUUUUGGAGACACCAAGAUUAUAUUUCAGUUAUACAUAUGAUGUGACUCAUACUUUGCAAAGAUUAUACAAUACACCUCCUAUGUUUUUGCAAACAUCUCUAUUUGAACGAGCUGAACCAAGAUUUGUUUGGAAUGGAAUGCUUCUUAAAUACUUAUAUAGACCAGAAUUUAAAAAAUACUGUUUACCUAUUAUGUUAGGUUUCAUUUGUAUUAAUCAAGUUCGCAUUAAUGGGAACUCAGUGACAUGGAGUUUGAUCUCCCGCAGAUGUAUACAUAGAGCUGGCACAAGAUUGUUCUGUCGUGGCAUUGAUGAUCAGGGAGCAGUAGCUAAUUUUGUAGAAACUGAACAAAUUUUGGAAUAUUCUGGUGAUAGGAGUUCCUUUGUACAAACUAGAGGAUCCAUUCCUUUGUUUUGGAAUCAAUAUCCUAAUUUGAAGUAUAAACCAGCACCAGAAGUUCAAAUUGGAUUGGAUAACAUUUCUGCUUACACUCGUCACAUUGAAAAUCAAAUAAUGUUGUAUGGAAGACAAGUUCUAGUAAAUUUGAUUGAUCACCAUGGACCUGAAGAAGCUUUAGAAAAAGCUUACAGCAGCGUAGUGCAAAAUGCAGGUAUUGAUGGAGUUAGAUAUGAGUCUUUUGAUUUCCAUGCAGAAUGUAGGCAUAUGAAGUGGGAGCGGUUGAAUAUUUUAAUAGAUCGGCUUGCUCAUGAACAAGAUGAAUUUUCAGUAUUUUUAUUGAGAAGAGAUGGAAGCUUAAUUUCUUCUCAAGAAGGUGUUUUUCGUACAAACUGCGUUGAUUGCUUGGAUCGCACAAAUGUUGUUCAAAGUAUGUUAGCUAGAAGAUCAUUAAAUGGAGUUUUGCAUAAGCUAGAUGUUCUUAAGCCCGGACAAAAUGUUCAGGAUAUUCCACAUUUUGAGAGUUUAUUCAAAGCGGUUUGGGCAGACAAUGCAGAUCUUGUUAGUAUUCAAUACUCAGGAACAGGAGCCCUCAAAACAGAUUUCACAAGAACAGGAAAAAGAACUCGGGUCGGCCUAAUGAAAGAUGGAGUUAAUUCAUUAACAAGAUACUAUAUGAAUAACUUCUCUGAUGGUUAUAGACAGGAUUCCAUAGACCUCUUCCUUGGUAAUUAUCAGGUCAAUGCAGAUGAAGGUACUUUGAGAAGAAGCCCUUUGCAAGUGACAAGAGGAUGGAAGUAUGUAGCGGCUCCUUCCGUGUUGAUGAUCGCUAUAUCCAUGUUUUUUGCAAGUGCAAUUUUUCCUCAUGAAUAUUCCACUGAGGUGUUACUGUACAUGUUAUUUUGGGGAGCUAUGAUAGCAUCUACUUUCUCUAUAAUUAUGCAUUAUGGAAAAGAAUUUGUUGACUUUCCAAAGUUGCGUGAGGAUUUUCGCAACAAAUGA